CUUCUUUCAGCUGAUUCGAGUAAACGCCAUUUAGUAACUGAUGGUCAAAAUUUAUUGAGUUUUGCAGUUCAAUCUGUAAACAUCUAGUCCAUCCGGAAGAAGUUUAGCAGAUUUCAUAAUGGGUACUGGAAUGCCGGAGCUUGGCUCCAAAAUUAGCCUUAUAUCUAAAGCUGAUAUUAGAUACGAAGGCCGUUUAUUUACCGUUGAUCCUCAAGAAUGUACAAUUGCUUUAGCAUCGGUGAGGUCAUUUGGCACAGAAGACAGAGACACGCAAUAUCCAGUACCCGCUCAAAAUCAGGUUUAUGACUAUAUUUUAUUCAGAGGCUCAGAUAUCAAGGACAUUCGAGUUAUCAACAAUGCUCCUUCUCUACCAAAUGAUCCUGCAAUUAUGCAAUUAUCUGUUCCUCCAUCCCUGGGACAACAACAGUUUCAAUCUCAGAGCUUUUCUCACCCAGUAUUGGGGCCCAUGGGUCCUCAGAUGGGACAGUUUGGAUCUGGAUACAGUGGAAUGGGUAUAAUAGGUGCAAUGGCGCCAGGUAAUCUGGCUCCUGGGAUGAACAGAGACUUUAGGGGUAUACAGACUGCAGCUGCAUCUACUGGUAAACCAAGUGAGUUAAUUACGCCAGAAUUCACUCCCGGUGCCCCUAUUGAGCCCCCGCGACAAAGUGAACAUGCUUCUGUUUUAGACUUGAUCGGGGGCGGAUCUCGUAGUACCACUCCUGCCAGUCUCAGUUCCCGUAAAUCACCCACGGCCGAUCAGAGUGUUCAAACUGGCAGCGCCAGAAAGGACGACAAGAAGACUGUUAAACCUAUUCAACCUCCUACACAUCGAAACCAACAAAGACCUCGAAAGGACUCCAGAGGUGAAACCAGUUCACAUCAGGAUCAUCAUCAACAACAACAACAACACCAUCAGAGAUCCCAAAAUAGAGCAGUUCCAUUGCAAAAUCGAGGACCGUCACAGAAUCAGGGCCACAGACAACAACAGCAACAGCAGCAAGGAUGGGCCGGCCAAAUGCAGCAACAGCCAAGGGGGUCGAUGCAACAAAGACCUCGGGGUCGUCCGCGAGCUGGUACUCAAAAUAAUUAUCAUCGUAAUGUACAAUCAAACCACCAACAGCAGCAGCAGCAACAACAACAACAACAACAACAACAAGGGGGUCUUGGCGGCACAGCAAAACCUAAAAGCACGCUUAAGUUUGAAAACGAUUACGAUUUUGAACAGGCUAACACACAGUUCGAGGAACUUAAAAGCCAAUUAGAAAAGCUUAAAAUAAAGGACGUAGUUAACGGAGACGCAGAAAAAAAAGAUGACUCCGGGAACGAGACAGGCGCGGGCGAAGGAGAACAAGAAGAUGAUUCACAUACUGUUUAUUAUAACAAAGCCGUCUCAUUUUUUGAUAACAUAUCAUGCGAAGCGGUUGAGCGGUCUAAGGGACGAUCUCAAAGGACCGACUGGCGUGCUGAACGCAAACUUAAUUCGGAAACAUUCGGUGUGGCUUCAACGAGGCGUAACAAUAAUUAUUUCCGAGGUCGUGGAGGUGGUGGAGGCAUUGGCGGAGGUUACUAUAAUCGAGGGUUUCGAGGUUCGUAUCGCGGUGGUUACAGAAAUCCUAUGGCACAGCGAAAACAACAGCCCCAGCACUUGCAGAACCGGGAUAAUAACGGUGUGACGUCGAGGACAUCCACAACUUCAGUACCACCUUCAAAUCUGGUGGAAAGCACGCCUCAAACGCAACAGUUACAUCAACAGUCCUCUCAACAGUCGCAACCACAGCAACAGUCUGUGACAAACAACGGAGCCUCUAAUGAAAGUGGAAAUCAGACUUCGGUACCGCCGGCCCCUGUGCCUGCAGCAGCUGGAAAUUAAAAGGAUCUGAUAAAUAAUGACAAAACUAAAGGAUGAUUACGUACUGGGGCAGGAAGCAUAAUGAUCAUCCUUAAUUAAAGUGAUGAAAGUACUAAAAAAGAAAAAACGCGUUUUUUUAAUGGGGCCUGAAAACGGUGAACUUACGAAAAAUUCUGUAGUCUGUUUUUUAUUUCUUUUUGUAUUCUUUGAGUUUUCGUUAAUUUAGUCGCCGUAUUUUCCUGCUGUCAGUAUUGCGAUUAUUAACAUUUAAUUAUUUACCUUACAUUUACUUGAAAUAAGAAAUAAGGUGAUAAUAAUUUUAUUUUAUAUUGUAUAAAAUGGUCGGAUAUGAAGAAAAAGCCGAUAGUUUGCUUUAAGUUUUUUUUUAUGUAAUUUCUCAAUAAUUGAAGAAAUUGUUCAACUCCAUUUGGAAUAACUAUUUUCUUUUUUUCUCAGAAUGAAAUGUAUACACGUUUUUUUCUUUUAGUGAUAUAUGACUGACUUUUUUUUGUGUACCUUCUUGUCUUAAUGAGGGGGAAACCGCAAGUAGAUUUUAAUGUAUUUGUAAUUUAUUUUUUCACAGUAGUACCUAUUUUAUUUGUAUUUGAGAAAACGCAUUAUUUUGGAAUAAAACAAUAAGAAUUAGCUGAUUUCAUUGUAUUCGGUAAGCUGUUUAUACAUUAAUAAAAGAUUUUCCAAU